UGGUGAUUCAUGGUAGCGAAGGAAAAGCGCAGGGCUUUUUUCGUGGUAAUAGUGGGCGGGUCUCCUUUCGAUGUAAAGGCCUUCGCAUUCCUAAUCCGCCCCACCAACCACGAACGGCUUAGUUUGCCCCAGCUUGGUGAAUCCCCGCGCAGCGACAUAGUUUGUGCGCCCUUUACCGUUCUCGCUCAGUGUUUGCAACGGCUGGGGAGGCAGUCGUAGAAGCAAAGUCUAUCGCCAUGCCAUUCCAUCAAAUACGACAACAAACUUCUCUACAAGUUUACUAUGCUAGGUAAAUCUUAAAUGCAGUUAUUUAACAAACAUGUUAAUUUUGCAAUUGACCUGUUUGAUAUUUGUACACUGCAUAUUUUAAGUGAAGUCUUAUUUUUCUUUGAAAAAAAAUAUGGAAUACUUCUGGAUAAGGAUACUUUAAGUAAUUUAAUUUCUCAUUUAUUCAAAAUUUUAAUUUCUAAGAAUAAAUUUUAUUGGAAGUUUGUAAUUAGCAGACUUCACUAAAAAUCUCCGAGGGAUCAAUUUGGAAUUUGACCAAAACUUUGAUUUUUAUCAAACGUAGGUUAAAAUUUCAUAAAUGUUUAUGUUUAGAUUUCGUAUACUUUUUUUAAUUAAAUUAUUUUUUACUUUGUAGAUUUCUUCCUUAGUUUUAGACUAUACAAAAAUAAAUAGUAAAAGUAGGUUGAUGUUUCAUUUGGUUAUAAAAGACUAGUUGUGAUUUCAUUGUCGUUUAAGAUAUUUUGCAUUUUAUUAAAUAAAUAUUUUAUUUUUUUUCCUUAUAUGAAAAAUAUAAAUAAAUAGUCUAGUUUUAUAAUUAAAAUCAAAAUUUUGAUUAUGUUCAAGUAAUUAAAAUUCCAUUAAGUAAUAUUUUUUUGUUUCAUUAAAAAUAUCGUGUUUCUAGUGUUAUUUUAGAAUUUAAUUAUAUCUAUUUAAGUUUAAUAUUGAUUGUAAAAUGCGUUAAUUGUAUAAAUAAUUAUAUUCACAUUAAAGGCUACUGGCUGAAGAAAUAUAUUAAUAAGAAUAUAAAUAUAUUUUUUUAAUUUGUAUAAAAAAAUAUGAAAAAUGACAUUGUUCUUUUUUUAACGUCUAAAUGACAUUGUUCAUACAGUGGAGGAAGUACCAUUUAUUGGACUAUUUCGUCGCAAGAAUUAAGAAAUUGUCAUUAUUACACGCUAAUAAGAGAUAUUCAGUUAACCAUAAUUUAAUUCAGAGCUCCGAUUGAUGAAACGUCAAUCAAAAUAUUUUUGUCAACUAUAAUAGAAGAAGUAAUCUUCAUAUUUGAUGUUGCCAAAAAAAAAAAAAAUCUUCAUAUUUGACCAAAUAAGAAAGAGAAAUAAUCUUAUCUCUACCCCACCAACUAUAUACUAUAUAUAAAAACUAAAAAUGUAAUCACAAUUUAAUUAAUUUAAAUAAAUACAUUUUCUCACCUAAUAAAAUAAAAUCAAAUCUCUAUCUCUCUCGUCUCAGGAAAAUAUGGAGAAAAAUUCUUGGGCGGAUCAAUGGGACAACAGCAAUCAAGCUUCUGGAAAAACGACAGAUGACGGUAAAAGCGGCGCUGGCGCGUCGGGAAAAUACAAAGAGAAGGUGGAGGCUGGAUUGGGGAAGACGAAAGCGGUGGCGAGUUCCGGGUUGAAGAAAGUCAAGAUAGGAACCUCGUUGGGUCUCAAUUGGGUCAAAGACAAGUAUAACAAAACCACCACCACCAAGAAGAACUGAUAUUCAUCUCCUUUUGUUACAUUAUUAUUACAUUUGGAUUCGUGUGAUCUUUUUAUGAUUAAUGGUGUGAAUUGUUUGAUUUUGCGAAGAUUGAAGUAUACUUGAAAACC